AGCUGAACAGUAGUAUAGAAGUAGAUGAUGAUAUAGAGGUAAAUGAUGAUAUAGAGGUAAAUAAUGAUAUAAAGGUGAAUGAUGAUAUAAAGAAGAAUGUUAAUAGAGAAGGAGCAAUCACUGAAGCCUAUUUUAGUGAUUUUGCAAAACAAGAAAGAUUUUGUUUUUGA